CACGCAUCGCAUGAAUCUCAUAGGCACAGUGUCCAUUCGAGCUCCAGCUGCCAGAAACACCAUAACUUCGGUUUCGACCGCCAUCCCCGGGACAGCAGCAACUUCACAUCACAUGUUACGCGGCAGCACGGUAGCGAUUCUGCACCUUUCUUAAAAUGCUGUCCAGCUUACAGAACCCGCGGCAAGCUGCCGCGCAGCUCAUGAAUUUCGGCCUGAUCCUCUCGACCGCAUUCAUGAUGUGGAAAGGCCUCUCGGUUAUCACGGAUUCACCAUCGCCGAUCGUCGUCGUCCUCUCUGGGAGCAUGGAACCGGCCUUCCAACGUGGCGAUCUGCUCCUCCUCUGGAACCGCAAUCUCCUCUCCGAAACCAACGUAGGCGAAAUCGUCGUGUACAAUGUGAAGGGCAAAGACAUCCCGAUAGUGCACCGGGUGGUCAGGAAGUUUGGAACUGGGCCUGAGGCAAAGCUGCUUACCAAGGGAGACAACAAUCCGGCGGACGAUACCGAGCUCUAUGCCCGUGGACAGGAUUAUCUGAACAGGAAAGACAUUGUUGGAAGCGUCGUCGGGUAUAUGCCCUUCGUUGGUUACGUGACCAUCAUGCUCUCCGAACACCCGUGGCUCAAAACGGUCAUGCUAGGGUUAAUGGGUCUGGUAGUGGUUCUGCAGAGAGAGUAGGAUAAGCGA